GUCAUCCCCCCACGUCAGGGCCGGCCGUGGGCGUGAGGCUGUACUUCCUCCGCCCCCUCCUAAUGGAGCGAACCAUUCCCAGCUAUUCCUCCUCGCCCGCUCCCUGUUUCUCCCUCUUUCUCUCCCUCACCUCCGUCUCCCCCCUUGUGUGCAAAGUCCUCCGCUGCUCGGAACUUGUUGGCAAUGCCUAUUUUUCAGCUUUCCCCCACGUUCUCCAAAGUAACUAUUUAAAGAUCUGCAGUCGCAAAUGGUUUUACUAAAUGUAGGAUGGGACUUAAGUUGAACGGCAGAUACAUUUCUCUGAUCCUCGCUGUACAGAUAGCCCACCUGGUGCAGGCGGUGAGAGCGGCGGGGCGGUGCGAUGCGGUCUUUCGGGGCUUCUCGGACUGUUUGCUGCGGCUGGGCGAUAACAUGGCCAACUACCCGCAGGACCUGGACGACAAGAGAAACCUGCAAACGAUCUGCGCGUACUGGGACGAUUUCCACGCCUGCACCCUCACAGCGCUCACGGAUUGCCAGGAAGGAGCGACAGACCUGUGGGAGAAACUGAGACGGGAAUCCAAAAACCUCGAUUUCCAGGGCAGCUUGUUCGAACUGUGCGGAGGCGGCAGCGGAGCAGCCCCGUCCCUGCUGCCUCCGGCGCUGCCCGUGCUGCUGGGAGCACUGGGGGCCGCUCUGGCCACCUGGGGGCUGCCCUUCUAGCUGGGCCCACGCUGCACCCGGAGAGGAGCGUCCGUCCGCGGCUUUGGGGACGUUGUGCUCGGCUGUGGUUGGUGACGGUGGCGGUGGCUGAUGGUGGCGGAAGACCCGUGUAGGACUGUGGAAUCGUUCCCCUUUUCUUUUCUUUCUUUUCCCUUUCCCUCCCUUUUUCUUUUCGUGUUUUAUUUGCCAAACGUUACCAAACAGGCAGCGGCGUGCAGCCCGAACCGGACCUCAGCUUUACUAUCGCUUCAGAUCAAAUAGAGGAGAAAACAAUAUCUAGAGAGAUCGAGGAGCUCGAGCCCCCGGCGUGCACUAGAAAUCUCAGGAACGGCUCCGGGCCUCCACCCGACCCAGCGGUGGGGCCGAGGGGGAUGUCCACGCACGCAGCAUCUGGUGAAUAACUCACAGCUUCAUCUGUCCUCCACGGUCGCUUGUUUUACGGUCAUUCCACUGCAGAAAACUAAAACGAAACGAUAAUAGAUAAGAAAAAAAAACAACGACAACAAUUAAAAAGGGAAUAAUAAUGAAAAUAGUGCUAAUAAAUUCAAAACAGAGUUUUCUCAAGGCGAAACGGCGAGUUAAAGGAGAAAAGAAGGAAGAGAAGGAAGGGAGGAAGGGAGGAGGGAAAGAGGGAAGGAAAGAAGGAAGGGGAAAGGAUGGAGAUGCGUCUCCGCGCCCCCAGGAGUAAAAGGAGAAUUGAAGGCAGAGCGCGGUUCCCUUCCGUUGUCGCCGUACGGAGACAUCGGUCCACAUUCACCGCCUUUAAUUUCGUCCCCCUCUUUGUUUUAGGUGUCACACGUCCAGCAACCCCCUGAGUAGCCGGCAGCAGGGGUCACUAACGGGGGGGGAGGGGGCUCAAACGGGAACCUAAAGGAAAAGAAAAAUA